GCAAAAAUUUGAGGAGUAACGCGUUUUAUUUAGUUGAAAAUGUCAAAAUUGGCGUCUUCUCUUUCCAAAAUAUGAAAUUUCCUACUUCCACAGUUCUACUGUUGAGGUACGUUCCCAACUUUGACUGAGAUCUGCGUUACCGCGAGUUCGGUGGCUUGACCAAGUUGACUUGCUUCAUUACUAGCUUCGAUUCUAGCUCCACUGGCCACCAUAUCUUCUCAAUCCCAGAUCGAGCCGCCUUGCUCACGAUCAUGGGCUUGCUGAUCAGCUUCAACCUCUGCAUGACGACCCUUUCUGUCCUCUCCUUGCUGAUCGCCUUCCUUAGCCGAACCCGAACUGAAGCUGCUGCAACUUACCUCUACCAUGUCUGCCCAAACACAACAACUUUCACCGCCAACAGCACCUACCGAUCAAACCUCAUUGACCUCCUGGGUUACCUUUCCUCCAACGCCACCAGCAACCCAGAAUUCUACAAUGCCUCCGCCGGAAACUCCGGUGACACGGUCUACGGCCUAUUCCUGUGCCGCGGUGACCUCCCUGCCGAAGCCUGCAGAGACUGUGUUGCCGGGGCAACAGAAGACGUACCCAACCGCUGCCCCGAAGAGAAAAUGGCCGUGGCUUGGUACGAGGAGUGCAUGUUACGCUACUCUAACCGGUAUAUCUUCUCCACCAUGGUCCCCGACCCUACCGCUUACUUUUGGAGCAGACAGAAUGUUUUGGAUGCGAACCGGUUUGACGAGCUAGUGAUGGCGACAAUGAAUGAUUUGGCAACCGGCAUUUCAAAUGUUGGGUCUGGAGCUAAGAAGUUUGGGACGAAAGAAGCGAAAUUCACAGUGUCACAAACGUUGUACACCCUUGUGCAAUGCACGCCGGACCUGUCGGGUUACGAUUGCAAUAGGUGUCUUCAGAUAGCGAUGACAAAUCUGCCGGGUUGCUGCAGUGGAAAGACAAUGGCCAGAGUUCUGUUUCCGAGUUGCUAUCUUUGGUAUGAUGUGUACCCGUUUUACCUAACGGUAAACACAUCGGCGCCAACGCCAAAUCCAGCACUUGUUCCUCCACCUCCUAGUCCUGGAAAAGGUGAACUCCCAUUGCUGGCAAUUAUUGCCAUUAUUGCUGCGAUUUCUGUCUGUGCGAUGCUAUUCAUUAUGGGCUACUGCUUCCUCAGGAGAGCAAGAAAGAAGUACAAUGCCAUACAGGAAGGUGGUGCUGCUAAUGGUAUUACAAGUACUGUAGAGUCAUUGCAAUUUAAUUUUGCUACAAUUGAAGCUGCCACCAACAACUUCUCAAAUGAUAACAAGCUAGGUGAAGGCGGAUUUGGUGCGGUUUACAAGGGAAUACUUUCUAAUGGACAAGAAAUAGCUGUAAAGAGAUUAUCAAAAAGUUCUGGACAAGGAGUAGGAGAAUUUGAAAAUGAGGUUAUAGUGGUUGCAAAACUUGAACACAGAAAUCUUGCAAGGCUAUUGGGAUUUUGCUUAGAAAGAGAGGAAAAGAUACUUGUCUAUGAAUUUGUGCAGAACAAAAGUCUCGACUACUUUCUAUAUGACAUUGAAAGACAAAGACAACUGGAUUGGUCAACACGUUAUAAAAUCAUUGAAGGGAUUGCUCGAGGGAUUCUUUAUCUUCACGAAGAUUCUCGCCUUAGAAUUAUACAUCGUGAUCUUAAAGCCAGUAAUGUUUUAUUGGAUGGGGAUAUGAAUCCAAAAGUUUCAGACUUUGGCAUGGCAAAGAUUUUUGGAAUUGAUCAAACUCAAGGAAACACUCGUAGGAUUGCCGGCACAUUUGGUUACAUGUCUCCAGAGUAUGCUAUGCAUGGACAUUUCUCGGUAAAAUCGGAUGUAUAUAGUUUUGGUGUCCUAAUUCUUGAGAUUAUAAGUGGAAAGAAGAUAAGUUCUUUCAAUCAAUCAGAUGGCACUACUAGACACCUUUUGAGCUAUGCAUGGAGACUUUGGAGGGAUGGAACACCCUUGGAUUUGUUGGAUCCAUCAUUGGGAAACUCUUACUCGAGAAAUGAAGUCAUCAAAUGUCUCCAUAUUGGAUUACUAUGUGUACAUGAUGAUCCAAUUGAGAGGCCAACAAUAGCAUCCAUAAUUCUCAUGCUAAACAGUUACUCGGUUACUCUACCGUCACCUCAACAACCAGCAUAUUUCUUUAGUAGUGGAGCAGAGCAAAACAUGCAAUUAAGGGAGUCAGGCUCAGAUCAAUCUAGUAGAACCAAAUCGCUGCUCUGAUCUGUCGAUGAAGCAUCAAUUACUCAAGUAUACCCUCGGUAGUGUGAGUGGGAAGUGCUUCACAAGAGUUAGCAAGUUGCAUAUGACCAUUAUUUAAGAUUAAUUGAGAUUUCUGAACCCUACUUACUUAAGACCAUCAUUAGUAUUUUUAUUGGGUAA